AUGUCAAACGGUCGAGGAUUAGUAAGAAAACAAAAUUUGAAAUUUAUUCUAAGACUUUUUAUAACAAUUAUAUUAGCAAAAUUGAUCUCGACAACCAUUCAACCAACUUAUGCAAAAGAUAAAACAUUAUUGUUGACUAAUAAACGACAAAAUGAACAAUAUGAAACUUUAUUAUCAAAUCGUACAAGAACUACCACAGUUUUAAAUACUUUAUUGAAAAACUGUACAGAACCAGCUAUUAAUGAAUUUCCAAAAGAUCUUUUUACACAAUCGCAACGACGGCAUGGUGCUAUUGUAUUUCACUUAUUAGCAGCAUGUUAUGUAUUUAUUGCUACAGCACUUGUUGUAAAUGAUUACUUUAUUGCUGCAUUAGAUAAACUAUGUGCAAAAUUAGGUUUGGACGAAGACAUUGCGGGUGCAACAUUUAUGGCAGGCGGCUCAUCAUCGCCAGAACUUUUUAUUGCUCUUAUAGGAAUCUUCAUUGCAAAAGGAGAUGUUGGAGUGGGUACAAUUGUGGGUUCAGCUGUAUUCAAUAUUGUGUGUGUGAUAGGAAUUUGUGGUCUCUUUGUGACUGGAGCAGUUAAACUGACAUGGUGGCCAUUAUGCCGAGAUUCUUUGUUUUAUGCAUUAUCAAUAAUGGUAUUGGUUGUUCGUUUUGACAAUGAUGACAUAAAUUUUGAUGAUAAUAUACAACAACAACAUAAAAUACCCAUCGAUGAUCUAAUUGCAAUGUCACGUUUUGCUAUUGAUUUUGAAACAGCCGUAUUAAAAAUAAUGAUGACGCGUCAUUUUCGAUCAAAAACACGUUUUAGAAUGGCAGCACGUUUUGUUAUUACAGAAAUGCGUUUGAGACAGGGUCAAGGUGAAAGUCGACCACAAAAACCAGCCACCGAACGACGAUUUUCAUUUUAUCAAGGAAGAACACCAAGUUUGUUGGCUGUUGAUGAGGAUUAUCAAAGUUGGAAAGAUGUACCAAAUUGGAAAUAUGAAUCAAUAAAUUUUGUCAAAUGGUUAGGAACACUUCCCAUUAAAUUAUUAUUUUAUCUCACCAUUCCAGAUUGUAGAAAUCCAAGAUGGAGUAAAUUAUUUCCGAUUACAUUUUUCAUGGCUAUUGUCUGGUUAGCUAUUUUAUCUUAUGUCAUGGUUUGGAUGGUCACAGUUAUUGGUUUUACCUUCAGUAUUCCUGAUAGCGUGAUGGGAAUUACGUUUUUAGCAGCUGGAAGUAGUAUUCCGGAUGCAUUAGCUAGUGUAUUAGUUGUACGCCAAGUGGAUAUGGGAGUAUCAAAUACAUUUGGUAGCAAUGUUUUUGACUUAUUAAUUGGCUUGGCAUUGCCAUGGUUCAUUAAAACCCUAACAAGUGGUGAACCUGUGCACAUAAAUAGCAAUGGUCUUAUGUAUGAUUCUGUUUUGCUGCUAGGUAUUGUUGCAGUAACAGUGAUCAGUUUUCAUGGUCGCAAAUGUUCUAGAAGUAAAUUUUAUUUUUUGAAAUAUAUAUUAUGA